GUACAACUCGUCCAUAAGUCGCCUUUUGCGUUGUUAGUGCCCGCAAAUCAGCCAGUCAAUAAGAAAAUCAUCGAAUAAGUACACACGAGAUUUGUCGUUCUCAUUUACAAGUGCAUUCUUGGAGGUAGAACACUACUAACACAUAUUAGUGUGAUCGGAGAUUUGGUCUAGCUAGUUGUCUUUCUAGGAUGGUCUGGGUUGUCGAAAAUUUGACUCUUUUGCUGGUGCUGUCGGUGCUGGCUUUGUGGUACCUCCGUUACCUGUGGAAAAGGAGGAAGCUGUAUAUUUAUUCCUGGAACAUCCCCGGUCCAGUUGCUUUGCCCUUCAUAGGGGCGGCAUAUAAGUUUAUGGGAAGUCCUGAGGAUAUCUUGGAAAAGGUUAUAAAGCAGGUCGAAACGUACCCCAGCCCCAUGAAGACAUGGCUGGGUUCACGACUCAUCUUUUGUCUCUCCGAUCCCCAUCACGUCGAGAAAAUCCUGACAAACCAGAAGUGUCUGGGCAAGGACUAUCUCUACAAGUUCCUGAUAUACAACAUCGGCACAGGAUUAUUGACAGCACCAACCCUAAAAUGGAAGAAGCACAGGAAGCUGAUACUGCCGUCCUUCAACCAGAGAAUCCUGGACUCUUUCGUGGACGUCUUCACCGAACAGGCCAUCGUCUUCACGGACAUACUGAGGGCGUACGCCGGUCGCAAGAACAUCGACAUCAGCAAGCCUGUGUCAGCGAUGAUGAUGGACAUAAUCUGUGAAACCGCCAUGGGACUAAAAAUGAAUACCCAGAGGGAAGGCAACGUAUUUGCGAUUCACUUGGAAGAAAUUAUGCUGAUCGCGACGAUAAGGAUAUUUACGGUGUGGCAUCACUUAGAUUGGACCUGGAAGUUGUACCCUCUCAGCAGGAGGCUUGACAAGCACCUGGCAGGGUUUCAUGAAGUCACCUCCAAGGUUAUAAGAAAGAAACUGGAGGUUUUGGAGAAACAGAAAGAAAACAGGCGAGAUUCCUUGGUUGCUGAAUUGGAAGAAGGCGGAAAGAAAAAACUAGCGUUUCUGGAUUUGAUUCUGGAGAAUUCAGAUUUUACGGAACAGGAACUUAGGGAGGAAGUCAACAUUUUUCUUAUUGCUGGAACUGACACUUCUGGUACCACCCUAUGUUUCUUAUUAGAAAUGCUAGGAUUGUAUCCAGAAAUACAGCGAAAGGUCUACGAAGAAGUCAUCGACGUACUUGGGGAAGAACGUUCUGUGGAAGCCUCGGACUUGCCCAGGUUCGUGUACUUAGAGAGGGUGAUAAAAGAAACCCUGCGUCUCUUCCCGGUUGGGGUGUACUUCCUUAGAACCAUAGGAGAAGACAUAAAUCUGGGAACAUGCACCCUACCAGAGGGUAGUUCCGCCCUCAUCAGCAGCCUGAACAUCCACAGGAACCCUAAGUACUGGCCUGAGCCCUUGAAAUUCGACCCAGACAGGUUUCUUCCUGAGGAGGUAGCCAAGCGUCAUCCAUGUUGCUACAUCCCCUUCUCCUACGGCCCUAGGAAUUGCAUAGGUAACAGGUAUGCCAUGAUGAGCCUGAAAACUAUAGCGGCGACAACUGUGAGGAAGUACAGGAUGUUCACUGGAUACAAAUCAGUGGAGGAUAUCGAGCUGAUCACUAAGAUCGUCAUAAGACCUAGACAAGGUUACAAAGUCUAUCUGGAACAAAGAUAAAUUGGAUGUGAAUAUGUACAGAAUAAAAACGAU